AUGUCCUCGGAGGACUCUUAUGCUGUACAGAGCGGCCGGCAAUCUAGCGACGGUACACCGAGUGAGCAUGCGAACAGCGACGGAAACAAUACAGCCAUGACUAGCAUCGUAGGCACCGACGAGGAGCCUCAUCACCACAACGACUCCGACCUUGAGGAAGAUGUCGACGAAGACGACAUGAUUUCCAUCUAUCCCGCCUCCCAAUAUCCCAGAGUUUCUCCCUCCCACCAGGUCGAAACUCCUUUCUCUCCAGACUCCCAUGGGGCAGACUCAGAUAUGGCUGCAUCAACAAGGUCAUUAUGGGCGCAAGACCUCGACUAUCGAGAAAUUCAUGGCCGGCGUUAUUGUCGCGAAUACUACAUGCCCAACGACGACAUUGAGCAAUGGCGAAUGGCUAUUCAACAUCAAGUAUUUAUGCACGUACUUGACGGCGAAGUCACCCUCGCCCCUAUCCAGAACCCUGACCAUAUCCUCGAUGUUGGUACAGGUACAGGCGAUUGGGCGAUCAAGAUGGCUGAACUGCAACCGCAAUGUGAAGUUGUAGGAACCGAUAUUGCUGCCAUAGCGGAGACCAAGAGUGUGCCCAUGAACGUCUUUUUCGAAAUUGAGGAUGCCGAAGAUUGGGAUCGCCACCCGGAUAUGUACGACUUGAUUCACUUCCGGCUUAUGGAGGGCGCGUUCCGGAAUUGGAGUUUCGUGUACGACAACACCUUCUUCUCUUUGAAACCCGGUGGUUGGAUUGAGGUACAAGAUUUUGUUAGCGCCGAGGGUUUUAUCCAAUUCUUAUCCCAGUUUCCGGACAAUUCUCCCAUGCAUGAGCUUCUAAGGGAUCUCGAGAUAGCGUCGGAGAAGUCGGGACGCCCAAGAGGUACAUAUCACCUUGAGCCUCGGUUACUCAUGGAUGCAGGUUUCGUCGACGUACGAGUAACAGAAUAUUCUAUUCCAAUUACAGUUGCUGAGGCCUCGGCGGGCAAGAUUUGGCUAAUCUCUUGCCUGGACGGUCUCGAGGCCCAUUGCUUGCGACUUUUGACAGAGUAUAUGGGUUGGGACCCUGAAAAGUGCAAGCAAGCCUGUGAAGCGGCCGCACGAGACUUGGCGAACGCUGCCAAGGAUCCCAUAAAGUCAAAAGGUCUUCAGAUCAAGAUGCGAAUCAUCAUUGGCAGAAAGCCUCUCGAUGCGCCUCGUACAGACUUGGCGGAGCUCCUAGGGAGAAGUCACUCGCCGGCUACAGAGCUCAACGGCAACAGUUCCGAACCCACACUUCGUGCGGACGACCAGAUGUCUACGGGGCCGAGUUAG